AUGGCCUCUGUGAUCAUGGAGGUUUCCUAUCCCUUUCACCCAAAUAAACAUAAAGCGAUCUCUGAAAGACCUCUCGAGAAGAUGCAUCAAACGCUCCUUGGCCAGGUUCUUCUGCGAGAUGCACCAACGGAUGAAGCUAAUCCGCUGAGACGUUUCAACUGUCUGUUCCAGGAGGAGUCUCUGCGCACGUACCUGUUCACAUACAGCAGCGUCUACGACUCCAUCAGGAUGGGUAUUUUGGCCGACAUGUUCCAGCUGGAUAUUCCCAUGGUGCACAGCAUCAUCAGCAAGAUGAUUAUUAGCGAGGAACUCAGGGCGUCCCUGGAUCAGCCGACCCAGACGGUGGUGAUGCACGGCACCGAGCCCAGCUCCCUUCAGAAUACCGCGCUGCAGUUGGCCGAGAAGCUGGGAAAUCUGGUGGAGAACAACGAGAGGAUAUUCGACCAUAAGCAAGGCAGCUAUGGCGGAUACUUUAACCGAGAUCAAAAAGACUCGUACCAGAGGAAAGAAGGUGGCGGCGGCGGCGGGUACAUGAGGCGAGGGUACCGACGCGACCAGCAGAACCAGAGCAACUACUGAGCGCCGCUCCUGGACUGUUCUUCACAAUUUGCAGCC